CAGGAAGGAAGGCUGCAGAGCAAAACUUUUCUGGACUUCAAAAAUGCUAAAAUGUUUAAAUCAACUAAAACAAAUUUUUUGAAAAAUCCCUUUCAAUAAAUAAAAUUGGACAACGGUCGAGGCUCAUCUAAAAUACUGGGGAAAAAACUAUGAAAAAACAAAAGGAAAAAAGAAGACAUGCAUGCAAGCUGCAGAAAGUAAUUUUUUUUUCAUUCUGGUGUUUUACUUCAUGGACCAGUCAAACUUGGGUUUGAGUAGACAGACUGCAGAAGUAGCAUCAUCUGUGGGAGUGAACCAUCCAACUUCCUCUUCCUUGUACAAGUGAUUCACUCUGAAUUUACUCCAUUAUAAUUUGUCAGAUUGACCUCAAUGGUUACAGCUUGGGGUUUUUUUCUUCUUUUUUUUCUGUAAUUAAGCUGGUGAAAGAAACAACAGUCUUUGGAACAGAUGUUAUGAACAACUAAAUAUUGCCCCUUCGAAGUUUGUCCAAAAACUGAAGUAAACAGCAUUUCACCAUGCUAGCUACAGGAAGUUGGUCUCUGCUACUCAUCUCAUUUCUGUUCUGCUUCUGUUUCUAUAACCCCACACAUGCUUUUUCACUGAAAAACUGCACAAUUCCCUAUCCUCAAAAGGGAAAUACUACAUCCAUUGUAUGCACAGACCGUGACCUCACUGCUAUUCCAGAUGACAUUCCCAGAAAUGCAACAUCACUGAAUGUCUCCUCAAAUAAGAUUUCAAACAUCACCUGCAAAGAUUUAAGAGAUUUAUCUAAGCUCAAAUUUGUAUACGCUGAAAGUAAUGUGAUUGUACACAUUGAUGAUGGAGCUUUUGCAGACUUGGCAGAGUUAACGGUUCUAGUCUUGGCUAGAAAUAACCUCUCAAAGGUGACAGAAAAUAUGUUUCAGGGUCUUUCCAAAUUAAAAGAAUUAUCUUUGAAUAACAAUCUGAUCUCAUCCAUCUCGCAGGCAGCCUUUCAGUCCCUGGUCAGCAUAACCUCAGUAGAUCUGAGCUACAAUUCUCUGUCUGAAAUUGCAAUUAUUGUUCCAGUAUUAACACUUCCACAUUUACAAAAUUUGUCCAUUGGGGGAAAUCCUUUUACCUCUUUUCAGUCCUCUGACCUGCCUUUAAAUAGCUCAAACCUUAGGGAACUGGAUAUAAUUUGGUGUAAACUCAGAAAGUUCAGUAUUACAAAAGACAUGUUUCCUCAUCUGCAGUUACUGGACUUCAGGAGAUGUAAUAGUAAGAUUGAAUGGAAUGUAACAAAUAAAACAUUCUUGAGGAGCCUAACUUCACUCUACUUGGAUGGCAAUAAUGUUACUUUUAAGGCAUACAGUGAGAUGCUAAAGACUGCUGACUCACUUAAGCAUCUUAAACUGUACUUCAUGCAAAUCCCAAUAAAAUCCGGUCUUAUAGAUAUCGCCUGCCGGAUUCCUUCUCUACAAAGUCUCGAUAUAGGGAGUAGCAAAAUUAUCCAUGCAAAUGAUAACCUGCUGCGGAAUUGCUCCAAAAUUACUCAGCUUAGGUUACCUUUUAAUAAGAUGACCACAAUGUCUGAUCGUGCACUCCAAUCAAUGACACGGCUCAAACACCUGGACCUGCAGAAGAACGUUCUAACCAAAGUGCCACUUGCUCUCCGGGGACUCUCCACAUUGGAAGUUCUGGACCUGAGCUUCAAUGUCAUCAGCGAACUCAACAGCUCUGACUUUAAAAAUCUGAGGGCACUCACACACCUCAAUCUAAACCACAAUCGCAUUUCCCGAAUCACAUCGCAUAUUUUUCAAAAUCUGCCUCAUUUGAAAGCCCUGAAAAUAGAAACGAAUGGAAUUUUUUCUUUUGAGCAUAGCUUCAAAGGACAUUUAGAAAAACUAAAAUAUUUGUAUUUGAACAACAACACUUUGACAGAUUUGCAGCAAGGAGACUUCAAAAAACUCCAUUCCCUCGAUCACUUGGAAUUACAAUCAGACGACAGUUGCAUUGAUCAUUCGGGAAUAUUUGAAGGACUUAAAAGUCUCCAAACUCUUAAAGUGUCAUGUAGGGGUUACGUAAAAGAGUAUUUUAGGGGACUAACAAACUUAAAUACUCUGGUCUUCCAUAUUACCAAAAAUCAGAACAUACAACAUCAUGCACAUCCUUUCUCAUAUUUAACCAAAUUGAAGAAACUUAUUAUCUUUGAUAAAAGGGAAACUCACGAGGAAAUUCCGUCAGACGUACUUAAUGGUCUGACAUCUUUAGAGUACUUAUGGAUGGAGAAAUUUUUUAUGGGGUCAUUGCACCCUGAGACAUUUAAAUACACCCCCCAACUGACGUCUUUGAAGAUAUCUAAUAGUGAGAUUUCAAAUUUAACAUCUGAAGUGUUCUGGCCUGUCCCAAACCUGACAAUGCUCGACCUCUCCAACAACAAACUCAGAUCUUUGGAUUUCCUGGCUGACGCCAAACUGCUGGCACUCACCUGGCUGAAACUCAGCGACAAUACAUUGACACUAGUCAGUCAGAAUGUGAUCAGCUCCCUCCCUGCUUUAACCUAUCUGGAUCUAGCUUUCAACCGUCUAACAUGUGAGUGCUCUAGCAUUGAAUUUAACAGGUGGAUUCAAAGCAGCAACCAGACACAGGUCAUUAAUGCUCACCAGUACACUUGUGCAUUUCCUGUGAGCCAACAGGGGAAAAAAUUCCUGGACUUUGAUAUCGACUCCUGUCGGAUGGAUGCUAAUUUUCUCUGCUUCAUUUCUAGCUUUUUUCUAGUUGUGCUUACUCUUCUUAUAUCCUUCAUUCACCACUUCCUGAGGUCACACCUCACUUAUGCCUACUACCUCUUCCUGGCCUUUCUCUAUGAUAAUAAGAAGAGGAAGAAAGGUAUUCCUCACAGCUACGAUGCCUUUGUCUCCUACAAUGUUCAUGAUGAAGCUUGGGUCUGCGGAGAGUUGCUUCCAGAGCUGGAGGGUCAGCAGGGCUGGAGACUCUGUCUGCACCACAGAGACUUUGAACCAGGUAAGCCCAUUGUCGAAAACAUCACAGAUGCCAUCUAUAACAGCAGGAAGACUAUCUGUGUGAUCAGCCAGCACUACCUGCAGAGCGAGUGGUGCUCCAGAGAGAUCCAAAUGGCCAGCUACCGUCUGUUCGAUGAGCACAAGGAUGUGUUGAUCAUGGUGUUUCUGGAGGACAUACCAGCCAAGCAGCUGUCUCCGUACUACCAAAUGAGGAGUCUGGUGAAGAAGCGCAGCUACCUGAGUUGGCCACAGGCUGUUCAGCACACUGGAGUCUUCUGGCAGAAAAUACAACAAGCUCUCAAGAGAGAAGAAACCCCUGCUGUGCACAGGCGCCUCCUCACUGGACACCAGAGAGUCAUCCAGUGAGAUUUAACCCAGGUGGAAAAUCAAUGAUUGUAUAUAUCAGUCAGUCAAACAAUCAACUGAUCCUUUAUUUGUCACAUGCAAAGUUAUGCAUACAUGUUGCGUGUUACACGUACAGUUACCUGCAGUGAAACUGGACCCCUUCCGACCAUAGGUACAUAGCACAAACAUCACAUUGGAAGAGAGGUCGGAGAGAGGUAGAAUGGUAAGAAAAACAAUGAAAAAUACACAACAUCAGGGACAAGAGGAGAAAAAAAGGCCCUUCCCAUCACUUCAAUCAUAGCAGCCAGUCUUGUGGGGGUUUGAACAGCAGUAACAGCUUUCUUUAAGCCAGGGCCAAGCCAGCACUGAUAAGCAGGAACCCUGUUAUCAUGGUUCAGAAUAGGGAGAUAUCUUUGAUGUCCUCAAUCAACAGUCCCGCCAGGCACUCGACGCGCAACUUGCUCCACCCGUCCAUCAUGCAGGAAACGUCCCUGCAGGAUAAUCGGACUCUCGCAAGCCCAGGCUUCUCGUUGAGAAUAGGGUGUCAAUUGCGUUAAGGGACCAGUUGUUCAAAUUCAUAAUUUUAUUCCAUAUAAAAGCGCUAGCUUCUGGGCCACAGAGGUGAAGCUAAUGCAGGAGCGGCUAAACAUGCAUUACUUCUAAUGCCCAGCAGGGGGGAACUCCUGUGGUUUCAAUAAAGGUGGUGCUAGAAGGGAAAACAGCCCUGUGCUGCCUUGACCUGUGACCUUAGUGAACACUUUCUGGUCUGGUGGACUUUCCUGGAGUGCCAUCUGCUAUUUACUAUUUUUUUCUUGCCGUUAAAGUGUAAAUAAAAGUUUUUUUCAUCGUUGAUAUGCUUGAAAGAAAUGCUAUGAUAAUAUGUGUUAUAACAUGUCACAUGAGAAAGCUGUAAUAAAAGCAAAACAAUGUUUUUACAUGA